UGAAAAUGAUUUAGAGAAUCGGUUCGUUCGCGCGUUUUUUAUUAAGCAGUUCAAACUAAAAAAAAAAUGAAUGAACUUUUGUCAAAUAUAACAUGGUUUAGCGUUAAAUUUUAGAGUAAAAUGUGUAAUUUAGAUCACAAUUUGAUUCUAAUAACAAAACAAUAUUUACAAAUCAUAAAAUGACUCAAACAGCACAUUUUCUAAAUAAUUAGCCAAAGAAUGGCAUUGUGUUUAAAACUACGCCUCUUGACUAUUUCGCGUGUGUACCACCAAGCACUCUUGUCUGUGUCGUAAUUUUGAGGUGUACGUAAUGCGCAUCGCUCACUUCCUCAUGCAGCCUCAUCACGGGUGUGGAAACACCUUCAACACGUCCACAUUCAGAGGAAGAGAGAGAAAGAGGGAGAAGCGGGCGGUCAGUCGUUUGCCACCCGCGUAUUUUUCUUUCUUCGCGUCCUCUUCUCUCCCUGAUCUGUAGUUUUUCUUCUAAACAUGGCUGCGCUCUCAGCCUGGUUCUGGAACGAGCGCUUUUGGCUUCCGCACAAUGUCACUUGGGCGGAUCUGGCCGACCCAGCGCCCGGGGUGGAGUACCCGAAAGCCGGCCACUUGCUCUCCGCGCUGCCGCUGGCCUUGGGGAUCUUCGCGGUGCGGAUAUUUUUCGAGAGGUUUAUCGCAGGUCCGUGUGCCUCCAUGCUUCAGAUCCAGACGGAGUUGAGUAGGAGAGCUCAGCCCAACGCCGUCCUGGAGAAAGUGUUUACAUCCAUCACAAAGUCUCCAGACUCCAGGCAUUCAGAAGGCCUGUCUAAACAGCUGGACUGGGAUGUGCGAAAAGUCCAGCGAUGGUUUCGACACAGAAGAAACCAAGACAAACCCAGCACAAGAACCAAAUUCUGCGAGAGCAUGUGGAGGUUUACAUUCUAUCUGUCUAUAUUUACGUAUGGGAUGCGUUUUCUGUGGCAGUCUCCGUGGAUGUGGGAUACGAGACAGUGCUGGUACAACUACCCCUAUCAGGUGCUGACCUCAGGCCUGUAUUAUUAUUAUGUAACAGAACUGGCCUUCUACUGGUCGCUCAUGUUCUCUCAGUUCACAGACAUCAAAAGAAAGGAUUUCCUCAUCAUGUUCAUUCAUCAUCUGGCCACCAUCGGCCUGAUCAGUUUCUCAUAUGUAAAUAACAUGUUGCGUGUGGGAAGUUUGGUCAUGUGUGUUCAUGAUGCCUCCGACUUCCUGCUGGAGGCGGCAAAGUUAGCAAACUAUGCCAAAUACCAGCGUGUGUGUGACGUGGUGUUUGUGAUAUUCGGGAUAAUCUUCUUCGGGACGAGAUUGAUCAUUUUCCCCUUCUGGAUCCUGAACACGACUCUGUUUGAGAGCUGGCAGAUCAUCGGGCCGUACCCGUCCUGGUGGCUCUUCAACUUCUUGCUGCUGGUUCUGCAGGUGCUACACAUCUUCUGGUCGUAUCUGAUCGCUCGCAUCGCCUUCAAAGCCAUCGUCAGGGGAAAGAACUGGUUUGUCUUUUCCCUCUUUCGCUGGCUAGAAGAUGGUUCCUGUCUUUCAGCUUCUCUCCCAAUAGAAAUCUGUCGCUCUUUCUGCUAGUCUCUCUCUCUCUCUCUCUCUUUCUCUCUCUUCAGCUGUGUCCAAAGAUGACCGCAGCGAUAUUGAAAGCAGCUCUGAGGAAGAAACUGAAACGUCAGGCAAAGAGCGACUCAAAUCUGCCUCGCCGCGAGGAGAAAACGGCACUAACGGUCAUUUUGGCUCCAAAACUUGGAGC